AUGGAUUGUAUGGAAUGGGGUAAAAGAUCACGGAAAACUGGUUGGGUACCGACAAGGUCGAUUCAGAAAGAUGAGCAUAGUAUGGAAAAUAUUGAUGAAUUCUUUAAUGUUACAGAGACAAGCGGCCUCAUGGAGUCCCCUGUAAAGAACACACUUACACACUCUCGAGAGAAUGUGUUGCGACAGUAUACACCAGCAGAAAUGAAUAAACAAAAGAUGACUACAUAUUCGAAGCCCUCUGUAAAAGAUCCAUCGCAGAGUUUUGAAAUCCCUCAACUCAAUCUUACAACCGAACUUAAACUUGAUAAAAGUACAGAUAACAAUGAUAAACAAUCAUAUGAGACGAACUAUAAUUUAGAAUCUGAAAAUGAGAUUUCUUUAGAUGACGCAGACGGUAAAUCUAAAGGUUCAAUUAAUAUUCCAGAUCUAAGGUCUAGUAGGAGCUCAGAUAUACCUCAAUCGGAUACUUCAUUCAAUACUUCUGAGAAUGCCUUGUUAGAGGAAGAAAUUCAGGCCAGAAAUCCAGAAAUUGCCUCUGGUAAUAUAUUCGAUGCUGUCUCAGAAGAUAUUGAAAUUGUUCACAAUGAUUCGGUAGACGAGGAAUAUAAUUCAAGAGAUUUUAUACGGCCUACAGGUCGCAUUAGGAAAUCCAAAAGAAUUAGAAUACCGAAGCUUGAUUACUGGAGGAACGAAAGAAUUGUGUAUAAAAGAAAUAACUCGCAACAGGCACUUGACAUUGAAAAAAUUAUCACUUUUGCAGAACAGGAACAGAAAAAAACAAAUAAGAAGAGAUCAACAGAAAAAUCAAAUAAUAAUCACAAUUCAAAAAGGGGAUGCUUUAGUCCUAAAAAUAUUUCUUUAAAUCAUGAUACAGCCGCUCAGUGGCUAAAUGAUGGUAUCUUUAAUGUUAAAUUCCAAAAUGGUUCCGCCAAAUCUGAGGCAGCCAGCACUGUCAUAGCCAUGGCACCAGAGUUCCAACAGGUUAGAAAAACAAAAAAUUCCCGGUUUAAUAGUUACUCUAUCGACACACUUUUUGAUGAUCAAAGUAAUUUUUCAAGUGGGAACCUAACCUUUCCUAAAAAUGGCAUUAAAUCAGAAGAUAAUACGGGAGGAUGUUUUGUUACAUUCCAUGUUACAAAAGGUAGUUUGAAGGCUUGGAUUGAUGGGCAAUCGUUUAUAUGCCCUACAGGUACAACAUUCCAGAUUCCAGCAUUUAAAAGUUACAAGUUCGAAAAUAUAAGUGAUAAAGAAACCACCCUAUUUUUCGUUCAAGUUAUCUCCCAAAAUAAUGUCCCUCCUCCAGAGGAGGAUACUCUCGAUUACUCAUCUGAUAAUAUAUAA